GUGGUGACGUAUAGCGGCUCGAGCUGCAGCACUUCCUUUCUCUGGUUGGCAGGCAUCGAGGCAACAUGAAGGCGUCGGGCACUCUGAGGGAGUAUAAGGUUAUCGGGCGCAGCCUGCCAACUGCAAAGGUUCCAUCACCACCUCUGUAUCGUAUGAGGAUUUUCGCUCCUAAUCAUGUGGUUGCAAAGUCUCGUUUCUGGUACUUUGUAUCUCAACUUAAGAAGAUGAAGAAGGCAUCAGGAGAGAUUGUUUAUUGUGGCCAGGUGUAUGAGAAAACUCCACUGAAGGUGAAAAACUUCGGAAUCUGGCUGCGUUAUGACUCUCGUAGUGGAACACACAACAUGUACAGGGAAUACAGAGACCUGACCACAGCUGCUGCUGUAACUCAGUGCUACCGUGAUAUGGGUGCUCGCCAUCGUGCUCGUGCCCAUGCCAUCCAGAUCAUGAAGGUUGAGGUGAUCCCUGCAAACAAAUGUCGUAGACCUGCCAUUAAGCAGUUCCAUGACUCAAAGAUCAAGUUCCCUCUGCCACACAGAGUUCUGCGUCGCCAGCACAAGCCCCGAUUCACCACCAAGAGACCAAACACCUUCUUCUAAACAAGGCAGAAAUAAAUAUUCUCUUGUUCUUUGGGCUAAUAAAAUUGUUUGAAAAUUU